AUGGCGAGUAAUAAGCACGACCUCGGAAGAAAUUUUGAUGAAUAUGAAGAAUACAGGUACGCAUUGGCGAUAAUUCACGAGAUGUCGACCGAAAAAUUGAUAGUUUCUGGCCGGAAUAUGGAGAUAAUUGAUUUCUUUGGUGAUCAGCUACCAAUGGCUACUUUUGAUGAAGCAUCAGCUCUCAAUUUCAUUAGACAACACCUUCUCAGUGACUACGAAACAUCAAAUUACGAAUCUGAUCUAUCAGUUUCUGAUUACCUUACCUCUGAGGAACAACCUAUAACUCAUUUCUCAAUAAACUUCACACUACCGGAAUCCGUUAACAAUAGAACCAAAAAAUCUUCUUCGAAGAUCAAUUCGGAGAAAUCAGAGUCCGCUAAGGAGUUGAAGGUACACUACAGAGGCAUAAGACAAAGGCCAUACGGAAAGUACGCAACAGAGAUCCGAGAUCCGAAGCGCAAGGGUGCGAGAGUGUGGUUGGGGACGUUUGAUACAUGUGUUGAAGCUGCUAAGGCGUAUGAUAGAGCGGCAUUUAAGAUACGUGGUUCUAAAGCCAUUCUCAAUUUUCCUCUACAGGUUGAGAGUUUAAAGGAGGAGAUAACCGGAGGAAAUAAAGCUUUAAUCAUAACUUCAAGCGAUGGGUGCAGGAAAAGAAUGAGAGAUGAGAAUGAGAUGGAGGCGGUUAUGAAGAUGGAGAUAUUGUGA